UGCAUGACCUUUGUUGUUUUUCAUUAAACUGCCUUUAUAUCAAUCCAUGAGCUUUUCAUCUAAUUUUCUCCUCCUGUCCUGCUAAGGAUGGGGAGUGAGUGGUUUGGUGGACUCUUGACAGCCCCAGAAGGUCAAUCCACCACACCAAAUUAAACCUGUUUGGUUAUAAAGCCUUAAAUUAUCCAGUUUAUUGUUUCACUAAGGUCUUAAGGGGACUCUUAAUGUUGCAGGCAACUCCUAGGCAAAGUAUGUCAUAGAAUCACAGAAUGUCCUGAGCUGGAAGGUACCCAUGAGGAUCAUCGAAUCCAACUCCUGUCCCUGCACAGGACAACCCCACAGUUCACACCGUGUGUCUGAGGGUGUUGUCCAGUCUCUUCUUGAACACUGUCAGGCUUGGGGCCGUGACACCUCCCUGGGGAGCCUGUUCCAGUGUCCAGCACCCUCUGGGUGAAGAACCUUUUCCUCAUGUCCAACCUAAACCUCCCCUGGCACAUCUUCCUGACAUUCCCUCAGGUUCUGUCACUGGUCACCAGAGCUCAGCACCUGCCCCUCCUCCUCCCCUUGUGAGGAAGCUGUAGCCACCAUGAGGUCUCCUCUCAGUCUCCUCCAGGCUGAACAAACCAAGUGACUUUAGCGGCUCCUCAUAUGGCUUCGCCUCCAAACCCUUCACCAAUUUCAUAGCCUCUUCUGGACACUCUCCAGUAGCUUUAUAUCCUGUUUAUCCUGUGGUGCCCAGACCUGCACACAGUGCUCCAGGUGAGGCUGCUCCAGUGCAGAGCAGAGCGGGACAAUCACCUCUCUGUCCCCACUGACAAUGCUGUGCUGGGUCCAGCAUGCGACUCCCUGUUGCUGUGUAUACUGGACUCACUGCUCUGGGACAUCCUUUGCUGUCCUCUGUCCCUUAUAAUCACCUCUUUGCAACUACCUCUGUAUUCCUACCAAUGCCAGAAAGCACAGUUUCGCAUCAAACUUUUUAUUCCCUUGGCCAAAAGGAAAUCCCUGCCAAGGGAAAGCUUAAGUAUUUGUGUCCCUGAGGGAAAAAAGUAUUUGGAAAAAUUACCAUAAGUACAUAAAAUCGCUUGUUUUUCACAAUGUGUUAUCCCCUUGUUCUAUGCUAGUUAGUAAGGGUCAUGCUGUGAAAUCAAUAGGCUGAAACUUGCCUGAGAGACCUUUAAAACUGAGCUUAAACUUGAACUGUAUCCUGGAAGAGAGCAGAGCUGCCACACACACUGCUGGUUUAUAAACAGCACAGAAUUUGUAUGAGCUGGGCUGCUGAUAGAGAAGAAGGAUGCUGACAACUGGAGAGACUGAUUUUGCCUUUCUCACAGCCGUACUUAUCUUGGAGUAGCACCUGGGGGAGCAUGACUGCGUGGAAAGCAGCACGUCAGAGCAGAAAUAAUGUCAUGCAGCCCAAUGGCUGCAGAAGAUCCUGGUUCGGAGCUCCUGUGGGGGUAUAAAACCGACUGAAGGAGCAAAAGUAGCAGCAAAACAGCCAGGAGAGCAGCCGGCUGCGGGAGACAGGAGCAUCCCCUGCUCCUGCUUGCGUGCCAUGUUUGCAGCAAGGGGGGGACGGCUCUCCCGGCACACGGCAUAAGCUCCGCUCCGCUAUUUGCAAUAGCAAAUGAGCUAUUGCCAAACUGGAGGAGCAGAGCAGCGUUUUGGAGAUGUUGCCCUGUUUUGUCUGGCUCUCCCUCCCUCACUUGGUUAACGCCUUUGCGACCCCAGGAAAGUUGCCACUCAACGGGAGCCUGGAGGAAUCUUUUGUAAUCCCAAACAUCUCGGGUUUCUUCUCCUGGGAUAACGACAGCCUGGCCGACUGGCAGAGCUUUGUGGGCAGGAGCCGGUAUGGAGCAGAGUCGCAGAGCAUCACAGUGAAAGCCCUGCUGGUCACAGCGUACUCCUUCAUCAUCAUCUUCUCCCUCUUCGGCAAUGUCCUGGUCUGUCACGUUGUCAUCAAGACCAAGCGCAUGCACUCCGCCACCAGCUUGUUCAUCGUGAACCUGGCUGUAGCCGAUAUCAUGAUCACGCUCCUCAACACGCCUUUUACGCUGGCUCGUUUUGUGAACAGUACCUGGAUAUUUGGGAAGGGGAUGUGCCAUGUCAGUAGGUUUGCGCAGUACUGCUCCCUCCACGUCUCUGCCUUGACCCUCACAGCCAUCGCCGUGGACAGGCACCAGGUUAUAAUGCACCCCCUGAAACCUCACAUAUCUACUACAAAAGGUGUUAUCUACAUCUCUGUAAUCUGGAUCAUGGCAACUUGUUUUUCCCUACCACAUGCUAUCUACCAAAAGCUCUUUACUUUUGAGUACAGUGAGGAGGUCACCCGAUGCCUGUGCCUGCCAGAUUUCCCUGAGCCUUCUGACCUCUUUUGGAAGUACCUCGACUUAACCACCUUCAUUUUGCUCUAUGUUCUGCCCCUUCUGAUCAUCUCUGCUGCCUACAUGACAGUGGCCAAGAAACUCUGGCUGCGCAAUGUCAUUGGGGAUGUCACUGCUGAGCAGUACUUUGCCCUUCGCAAAAAGAAUAAGAAGACCAUAAAGAUGCUGAUGCUUGUUGUCAUCCUCUUCGCAGUCUGCUGGUUCCCCUUAAAUUGUUACGUUGUCCUCCUCUCCAGCCAGACCAUCCACACCAACAAUGCCCUGUACUUUGCCUUUCACUGGUUUGCUAUGAGCAGCACCUGCUACAACCCCUUCAUCUACUGCUGGCUCAAUGACAGCUUCCGAUCAGAACUGAAGGCUUUGCUCAACAUCUGCAGGAAACCUCCCGGACCCGCAGAACAGAGGCUUCCCUCCACAGCCCCAUCCUACCGACUGGCUUGGCCAGAAAACAGCAACUUCAAGAGGCUGCAGGUCUCCCAUGUCCUUCCCUCAGCCUCCAACAUCCAGGCGGGAAAGACGGACAUCUCUGCAGUACAGCCAAUAGUAGCUGUGAGCUAAACGCUGGCCCUGGGAAAUCUUAGAUUUGGCUAGAGCUAAAAUGGUGGGAAGGUGUGGACCUCUGUCCUGCUUAAGGACUGUGCAACCACACAUGAUAAAACCAAGAAGGAUGUUCUGCAGAAGGUGACAUGAAAGAGCUGCAUCUUUGAUGCCAGCUGAUCACAACGGCAUGGAGCCCUGAAGGGGAGAAAGCCAACUCUUCCCGGGAAGGAACUCUCUGUGUCAGGCUGGCUUUGGAUCAGCUUGCAGGACAGGGUUGUCUGCAUGUAUGUCACUGUUAUCUGCAUGACUAAGCCUUUUCACCACUGGGGCCAUGUGUGUGUUUUGCUGGUAUUGGAACACUAAAGCAACAAUCUAAUCACAUCAGGCCUGCCUCCCCCUUUUCUAAGUCUCUUAGCAGCAUGAAAAUGGUUGAGAUAUACACCUUUAUGUUGCCAGCUUAGACCCAGUGCAACAGGGUGGGAGGGUGUCCCUUCUGAGCUGGGGUCUGACAGGUCAAGGUCUGUUCAGAAUAAAUGAAGAGAUUUAUUUCACAAAUGCAUUUUUUUUUGCAGAAGUACCCUCAGAGAAGUAGAAGGUAAGAUGGACAUUCAUCAACAGAGAGGUGUCUCCUACAUUGGAGGCACUCUUUCUAAGGUAGAGUUGAAGAAAAAUUGAUGCCUAUUCUUUCCAUAUGUAGAUGACAAACACCAACCUGUUAGUUCAGCAUCUGUUGCCAGUCCUAAAUCACACAUGAUUUUUCUUUCCUAAGAGAAGUUAAUGAAUAUUCAGAAAGCUUUUCUUCAAGCAGAGAACUAAGACCCAAAAAGCUGCUUUUGAAAAUGUUGGACAUACCAUCCACAGUCAAAGCACUGAUAAUCAAACACUAAGUUGGGAUCAGGACCUUUUGAUCAGAGCAUCUCUGCGUUAUUGCAAGUGGCAAGUAUCCCACUGAUAGACUUUGUAAUUUGUCUAUGAUGUUGCUCUCUUGUCCCGUAAAGCACGUGGGUACUUCUCAGAUCAGACAUUUGAGACAUUUCAUGCCAACUGAGGUGUUAGCUCUCUGGAAUCAGUUCAUAAAGGAACUGCUUGGAGAGAACAGAUGAUAUCUGUGAUAGCAAGUAAUAAAAGUGGAACAUUUCUCUGCAAGAUAUUCUCUGGUGAUUGCACAAUUUUGGUACAUUCGAAGAUGAGCGAGACGUGUCCUUCUUGUGGUAGCUAAUAAAAUUGAUGUGACUGCAGCUCUCUGGAGGAGUUUGCAGAACUCAAUGUUCUUAGAAGAAAAUCUGAUUUUAAAUAAUGGAAAAAAAUGGGCAUUCAAAAAACAGUACCUUGUAUUGCACGAGAAAGCAAUAAGUCUCCCUGUGCUGUGGAAAUUAGCUAGAAUGUCACACCCGGGUGCCCAGUUCCACAUUCAGCUGACACCAGCCAGCAGUGAAGUGAUAAAAAUCUUCGUUUUAUAAAUGACAACAAAUGGAAAGGAAAAAAAAAAAAGCCAAACUGUUUUUCCCAAUUUGCUCUAAUAAACUUAAAUUUCUGAAACUA